GGGCGUCAGGCGACGUCUCUUCUUUUUCCCCCUCAGCCGUGAGGGAAAGCGACCGCCGUGAGGGGACAGUUGCUCUCGCUCGACCGUCCACCCGCCCUUUUUUUCUUUCCCCCUCAGCUUCGGCUUCUUCGCGGGGCGCGGGCCCGUUCUCCGCCGGCCAUGGCGAUGGACACCAGCGGCAAGGAGAAGGAGGCGCUGCAGCUGCUCGCCGAGGCGGACAAGAAGGUCCGCGGCUCCCAUGGCUUCUUCUCGGGGCUCUUCGGAGGUGGUUCCUCCAGGAUUGAAGAAGCAUGCGAUAUCUAUGCCAGAGCAGCUAAUAUGUUCAAAAUGGCCAAGAACUGGAGUGCUGCUGGAAAUGCAUUCUGUCAGGCUGCUCAGCUCCAUCUCCAGCUUCAGAACAAGCACGAUGCAGCUAUGAGCUUUGUGGAUGCUGGUAAUGCUUUCAAAAAGGCUGAUCCUCAAGAGGCCAUUAAUUGUCUCCUUAGAGCUAUUGAGAUCUACACAGACAUGGGGCGCUUCACCAUUGCAGCCAAGCACCAUAUAACCAUAGCUGAGAUCUAUGAGUCUGAGCUGGUGGACAUUGAAAAGGCAAUCGCUCAUUACGAACAAGCUGCAGAUUACUAUAAAGGUGAAGAAUCAAACAGCUCUGCCAACAAAUGUUUGCUGAAAGUGGCUACCUAUGCAGCUCAGCUGGAGCAGUACCAAAAAGCUAUUGAAAUCUAUGAGCAGGUGGGGACCAGUGCCAUGGACAGCCCCUUGCUGAAAUACAGUGCAAAGGAAUACUUCUUCAAAGCAGCUCUCUGUCAUUUCUGCAUUGACAUGCUCAAUGCCAAGCUGGCUGUACAGAAGUACGAAGAGAUGUUCCCGGCUUUCUCGGAUUCCAGGGAGUGCAAACUGGUUAAAAAAUUGUUGGAUGCUCACGAGGAGCAGAAUAUUGACAGUUACACUGAAUCAGUGAAGGAAUACGACUCAAUCUCUCGCCUGGACCAAUGGCUGACCACCAUGCUUCUGCGCGUCAAGAAAACCAUACAGGGUGAAGAGGAGGAUCUGCGUUAAAAAACACCACCCCUUUGCCCUCCGUCCUCCGGCCCGUUGUUUGCAGAACUCUGCCUGGAUCAGCUCUGGGGGAAGAGAGGGUCUUGGCACGAAGGAAUUAGACUCAAGUGGCAAAUUCUUCAUUUUCUCUUCCUUUUCUCAUCCCGCCUCUUUGCGCUGCAGUAAACAGGGCUGGGAUGCCUCACCUGUGGACUGCUCCGGAGAGAUCUGGAGUCCUCCCAAGCCUUGCCUGGCUUCCCGAGUCAGCAUUUACACCCUCCCCGUGGCUUCGUUGAUGGUUUAAUAUUUAAAGCAUCUUUAGUAAGUUGGGUUUGUUGAUGGCGCCAUCCUCUUAUCCUUCUCCCCCAAAUCUUAACGGAAAGUGAUAUGGAAAAACAGCAGAAAGAACGCCUGGUAAUAUUUGUGGCUUCAUCUCAUCUCUCCUCCUUCCCUCCCUUUGACCACAGCAGCUCCCUUUUUUCAACAGGCAUUGCAAGGCUAGGGAGCCCCUUCCGUGAGUUUCGCUCAACCCUUCUCCUUCCAAAAUAAUAUUUUAAAGGUGGACAGAAUGGCGCUGGUCUCUAAACGAAGGAGCCGGGCGUGCGAAGCGCCUCUCGCCUGCCUCGUUUCAAAUAACGCGGGAAACCCUCACAAAUUCUGGCUGUUGCUGAUCUGUAUGAAAUAAUUCGGCUUCAUUCCAUGUUUCUUUCUUGCACCCUGAACUACCUUAAUUUAUGUGUGUUUGCCCAGUUUAUCCCUUUAAAGCAGGGGUGUCCAACCUUGCCAGAUUUUAAGACUUGGCGGAAUUCAGUUCCCCAGCCAGCCGGAAUUCUGGGAGUUGAAGUCCACAGGUCUUAAAGUUGCCAGGAUUGGACACCUCGGCUUUAGAGAUUGGUGUUAGAAGUAUGGUGUUGUAUAUCCAUCUCAAGAUUGAUAAAGGAUAUUCAGUCUCCAUCCUCAACAAGAGGCAGGUCAGUCUCAAACUAUGCAGCAGGUAGCCAGAAAAACGCCUAAUUUAAAACUAGAAGCUCUGUGCGCAAGCUGUCUUGAUCUCUCGUCUCGCAUGAUUCUCCCUCCUGGCUUAGUUUGAAGAGAGCAUUUUUCCAGCCAGGUGUUCUGUAUACAUCGACAUGAAGCUGCUGUAUUUUUUCUCUCCCUUGUCUUUGCUUUAAGAGAAAGAGCUUUAUCAUGUAAUCUAGCAUCUUCAUGAAGGUUCCUCAUAUUUAAAUGUUUCCUUACUCUGUUGUUGGAAGGUGGACUUAAAUUCUGUUGCAUGUUCCAAAAUGCCUACCGGAAAGCAACUAAUAGUGAAAUAACUUGCACACAAGAAACAAUAAAAAGAAAAAAAAAACCAACUUUGCACGUGGAAACA